GAAUGUGUGCGUAAUGUCACAUGUUUUUUGGCUUCAGUAUAUUGCACAUUAAUGUAGUAAAAUGAGUUACUGUUUAUGACAUAUUUUUAACGACGCGUAGAUUUACCUGAAACUUGCUUACGACCUGUUCGGCGUACUUUCGGGAGGAGUGUACAAUAAUAUGUAUAUUAUAUUACUAUGCCAAGCGAUAUGUUAUGUAAGGACGAUCUAUACGGCUAAAUAGCAUUUCGGCGUUAUAGCUGAUGUUGGUUCGUGAUGAAAACUCCAACCUUAAUUCCCGAAAUCACUGACUGACUGGUCGUCAGUCUAGUUUACUUUUACUUGAGAAGCUGUUUCUCAGUGGUUUUUUAGAUUAUUGCUGGAACAGCGGACUUUAUUCACACUUUAUCGACCCAGUUACACUUUUCUCAUUGAUUUGUUCGAAAUUCUGAAUGUUACUAUUCUUUAUGCCACUCUCUAGGUGCCACGUCGUUCUGAAGUAAUACAGUAAUGAAUGUAGAAAAUUCGCAAUUUGUGAAAUGUGCUUCAGUCAGUGACAAUCGGCUAUGCGCUAUGUGCUCAGAAAAUGAGUUUAAAUACAAAUGUCCGAAAUGUGAAGUAAAAACUUGUAGUCUUUCAUGCUGUAGUAACCAUAAAGCACAGUUUGAUUGUUCGGGCAUAUGUGAUACUAUUACCUAUUGUCGGAAAGAGAAUUAUUCAAUGUUCUUCUUUCAGAAAGACUAUAGAUUACUAGAGGAAAUAGACAGGAAAAAUGCUUAUAGGGAGAAACAACUUUUAUCGCUAUCUCAUCGAAAUACUGGGAGGAUACGUAGAAGGAAUCAACUAGUAAAGUUGGCCAAUGAAUAUGGUGUAACACUUCGACUCGCACCAACACUCAUGUUGUCACGUACAAAAGUCAACAAAACCCGUGUCCAUAUACAGAAAGACGAACCUAAAAGUAUUUUAUGGAGCAUAGAAUUUAAUCUUAUGUCUUCAGAAGAAGCUUCAGAUGUAACUUGUAUUACCAGCCAUUCGAAAUCAAUACGUCUGGUCGUACAUGAUCAAGAGCAACUGACACGUUUAUGUACUAUAUGGAGCAAUCACAUACUUAAUGUAUCAUCUGAACGGCAAGAUGCGCUGAUUACGUAUUAUCCCUCUGGUUCACCGCCUUUUGGAAAAAUUUCAUCAUGGUUACAUUCCAAAACAAGUCGACCUUCUGAUUCCACUGCCAAGUUUUAUUUCUAUGUAAAUGUCCAAAAAAAUGGUGUUGAACAAGUAAGCAGAGAUAUCAAAACAACAACAACUCUUCAGAAUAAUUAUGUGGAAGUAUUCUCAACAAGAAGAUUGAUUGAUAUACUGACAAUCCCUGGCUUUAUCAUCCAUGAGAUGCCAACAAUUUAUGUCUCAAAGAAAGACUUGACAAACAAAAAUACAAACCAAUAGGUUAUUAUUUAUUUCUAUCUCAUGUGAUACGGGGUAUCUAUGCCUCAUAGUGUGCACAUUCUCGUUAUUAGAUUACAAAUGAAGUUCUUUUACUGGUUUCAAAAUCCCUAAAUACUAACAAGUUCGUAGGCGCUUCGUCGCUUAAAGUUGGUUCUGUCCGAAGAAAGAACAAAGCUCAGUUGAUAAAAAAGAUGGCGCGGCAUCUUCAUAAAUGUCAGUAAUGUUUACGAAAAAUACGUGGUCAAAUAACUACGUUGGCGGCAUUAAAUCAUU